CGCUGGUGAUGCCAGCUGAGCCUCUUCCAUACCUCUGGCGCGAGGCUGAAAAGGAAACUCGAGCACGCGCCGGAGCAAAUCGAAACGCAGCGCAGUUCCGCGAAACAGGGUGCGCACUGGGCAGACGCGGCCCCUGACGCUGCGGCGCUGAAAUACAAAGCCAUUCUUGGAAUUAGAUUCCUAGAACUUCCGUCAACCCGCAACACUGAAUUUACAAGAGAGUGGUUUUCUCACCGUCUUUCCUUAGAAUGGAAUAAGAACAGUGUCUGGUGAGCGGAUUACUCCGCUGGACUUCACCCUCUAUCUUUUCGGAGAUUGAAACUGACACGUUGGAUAUUUUAUAGUUAUGACCAAAAUAAAUUAGGAUUAUUUUACAUUUUGAAAAAAAUCUGAAAAGUCUAUUUAGUUAUUGAGAUUACUUUUGUUUUUCGGAUUAUUGGCGCCAUGACAACGUCAACUCAGUGACUAUUCCUACAAUAUAUAAUAAUCACUGGCUUUAUUGGAUAAUUGUAUAAACAUACAUGCCAAAAUGUUUAAACUGGAUUCAUAUUCAUUAUGAUUUAUUGUGUUCAAAGGGCUCUGUUGCGAGGGCCACCUUCAGAUAUGAUUGCCAGGAUGAUGAGCAGCAUGCAGCAGAAUGAUGGUGAGAGAGGAGAUUUGUGUUGUCAGAACCCGACUGCCCCUCUCUGUGACCCUACAGAGGACCUCUGCUGCAUCACCACCACCUUCCAGAACCUGCAGAACUCAGGUUGGUACUGGGGGUCCAUUUCAGCCAGAGAGGCUCGAGACGCUCUCCUGAAGGUGUCAGUGGGAACCUUCCUGGUACGCGACAGCAGCCACCCUCUCUACAUGCUGACCCUGUCAGUGAAGACAGCCUGUGGCCCCACCAAUGUACGCAUAGAGUACAGUGGGGGUCGCUUCCGGCUGGAUUCCAGCUCCCCAGGCCCCCCUCACUUGCUGUCCUUCCCUGAUGUCUGCAGCCUGGUGCAACACUACGUUGGCUCAGGCCAGACACAACAGGGCAAGAGAGUGGAGUCAGAGGGCCCUUCAAAACCUAAUGCCAAACCCAGCCCUUCCCAGCCCUCAGCGAAGGACAAUGCAGUACUGCUCAAGCUGAUGCGUCCCCUGCCACAGGCCUUCCCCUCUCUCCAGCACCUCACACGCCUCACCAUCAACUGCCAAAUCGACUGCAUUGACCAGCUGCCCCUGCCACGCCCACUGGUGCACUACCUGCAGGACUACCCUUUCCAGGUAUGAGGGUCCUUUGGCAGCCAUCCCUGCCCAAGGAAGGGCACACAGCAGGCCCAGGGACCUCCCAGUGAGGGUUAAAGGUUAGGACCUUAUGCUUACACCCCCCUAUCCACAUCGAUGGGACAGUAGUGGAGAGGGUAGUAAGUUUUAAGUUCCUCGGCGUACACAUCACAGACAAACUGAAUUGGUCCACCCAC